GAUGGGCAAAGCACCGGGUUUAAACCCGGUGCUUUGGUAAAAACCCAAUAAACACCCAUAAACUCCCAUAAUCACCCAAAAAAAUAGGUUUUUACGUAUUUUUUUGAAAAUAUGUAAGUAAUACCAAUAAAUUAUUUUUAUAAAUUGUAUUGAUCAAUUCUACAAUAUUAAAUAAAACGUUAACUAAUAAUAUUUCAGGAAAUUUUAAAAAUCUAUAUAUAAUAAAAUGAAAGUAAUUAAUUUUCAGUGUUUUCAUGUUGCAGUUGAUCAACAUGUUGGCCUUUUGCUUCCCGUAGAUACUUUAAAAUUUCUUCAUAACACCUCGUUCGCACACAUGGCCGUAUAUAUUUAAAUUCUUGAGCCACUAACAGUCCGAAAUACUCAUUUCUUUUAUCCUCUUCUCCAUAAAUUAAGCAUUUAGAACAGUUUGUUUCUUCUUUCAGUAAAUUUUCUUUUACUUUAUCCUCGUUUUUUUUCUUUGUUGCGACGACGCUGGGUAAAUCAUCUGGACACUGGGUCUCACUAUCGCCAAAUAUAUUUGGAGAUCGGCUUCGGCUACGGCUUGGCAGACAUUUUUUUCUUUCUACAAUUUUAAAUUAAAUUUAUUAGAAUAAAUGCUUCGAACACACGCGAUCUAAGUACCUUUUGUGUUUAUUAUACCUUACCUACCUAGGUAUAAAAAGAGUACUUACGUAGAUUUUCUUUUAUUAACUGUUUUAUACGAAGAUCUUGAUCUCUCAAAUUAGCAUCCAUUUUACUUCCAGUGAUUAUCAACUAAAUUAAUAAUCCACAAAGUAUUAAAUAACGUUUUUAUGAAAUAUUUAGCACAAAAACAAUACCCUUUAAAUAUCGAUCGUCAGUAACUGUGGCUGACUUACCUAUAUUCUAGCAAGCAGGACUGCCAGAUGUGAAGGGGAAAUCCCCAAUAAAUUGUUGCAUGUGACUGAUGAUGUGAGCAUGUUCGUUUCAUAAUAAAAAUGUUGCCAGGUAACCAAAAAGUCGUAUGUUUUUGUGCGAAUUACGAUCAUAAUCUUUACGAUCGUACAUUAAAAAAUAGACAAAUAAUAGUAUGAGUACGAUUUAAAUCGUAUAUCUGUCAACCCUGCUAGCAAGACAGCGACAAAAUCACGUUGCAUAACAAUGUAGCCCAAGCUUAUAUCUUAUGAAAUAUACGGAAGAGAUACGGACUUAGAAAAAACAGAAAUGUUGUUCUUUGUGGAAGUCAUUGAUGAAAUUCUAUGUAUUUUAGCCCGCAAACUUUCUUCAAACAAAAACAGCGCCAUCUAGUAUCGAGUUCUGUAAUUAUCUCUUUGUUUAUGGAUUUGAAGUAAGACCGCCACGCAUGCAAUACAUUAUGACUGGGGAUUCCCCUAUUCGUCGACGCUGAAUAUGAGGCGACGACAAUCACUGUCAAACGUGUUCACUAUUACUCUGACUCUGGUAACGUGACUUCCUGGUAACGUGUUAGGUAGGAAAAGCAGUAAAAAAGUGCAUAUUAAGGGAGCAGAUUUGAAAUAAUAUUUAUACUUAACAAGAAAUAAUUAAAGGUUCAAUGGGGAGACCUAAAGAUUUACGCAUAUGGGAGCACUACCGUACUUUACCAAACAAGUCUGUUUCUUGCAAGCUUUGUAAUAAGGUCUACAAAUUCAGUAAUGCUGCCAAAAUGCUUCAACAUCUUAUCACUUGUCCAAAAUCUCCAGAAACAUUAAAAGACUCUAUGAAACUUAUAAAAGAUAGCUCGUCCAAAACCAAAAUGUCUGGACUGUCAGAGAUAGAGACAAAUGAUUCUUUUAUAAGCCCCUCGUCGUCUGCUAACACUACAAUAAAUGCUGAGUUUCAAGACACCGAUGAUCAUAUAAAAACAGAAUUAGCGAGAGCUAUAUUUGUAAUAGGGACGCCAUUAUCGAUGGUGCAACAUCCUUUAUGGAUACAAUUUUUCGAAAAAUUGCAACCAAAAUUUAAAAUACCUUCACGUAAAGCUUUAGCGACAAAAUACUUAGAUAAAAUAUAUAGAGAAAUGCGUUUUGAGUUAAAUGAGGAACUAAAUGCUUGUAGUUACUUACACCUUCAGUGCGAUGGCUGGUCUAAUUUAAGAAAUGAAGGAAUAAUAAACUUUCUUAUAUCAAAACCUCAACCUGCAUACGUUAAAAGUUUGAAUACAGAAAGUAAUCCUCACACUAGUGAAUACCUUAGCCAAGAAGUUGAAAAAGUAAUGAAAGUGUAUGGAGCAAAUAAGUUUCUUGUACUUAUUGGCGAUAACGCUAGAAAUAUACAAAAGGCAUUCGAAUUAACAAAACUCAAAUAUCCACAUGUUGUUCCUCUCGGUUGCUGUGCACAUAUCCUUAACUUGUUGUGCCAAGAUAUUGUAAAGAUACAAGAAGUAACUGUGUUUAUUAUGCAAGCCAUAAAUAUAAUAAAAACUGUUAAAAGGAGUCAACGAUUAAGUUCCUUGUUGAUAAAAUCAAGGCAGGGUGAAGAUUCUACACAAACACUAAAAUUGCCUUGUGCUACAAGAUGGGGAAGUCAUGUUACUUCGUUAAAAAGUUUAAAAGCAAAUAAGAUAGCUUUGCAAAUAUUAACAGUUAGAGAAGAUGUGGUAAUUUCAAGAGAUAUUAAAGAUUUAAUUCUAAGUGAUGAUUUCUGGACGAAGACAGGGGAAUGUAUAAGUAUUUUGGAACCAGUCACUGAAAGCAUAUUUUACUUAGAGAGCGACCAGAAUCGUUUGCAUCGCACAUACAUUACAUUUAGAGAUGUACAAGCUAAGAUACGUUUUGCAUUAAAUGAGAUUUCGACAUUGAGCGAAGAAAGCAAACAGCAGAUUCUAACAUCAGUAUCUUCAAGAUGCAAUAUGGCAAUGAGGCCAAUACAUUUUGCAGCAUAUAUUCUAGACCCCAGGACUCUAGGAGUCGAACUUACUCAAGAGGAAGAACUUAAGGGUAUGGAGUUUAUCUACAAUUUAAGCCAACACUUAAGUUUGUCAAAUGUAAUGGCAGAUUUGGCGUGUUAUAAAGCUAAAGAAAACUUUUGGGCCAGAGGAUUUGUAUGGAGCUCAUUAGAUAGCAUUGAGCCCCUAAUAUGGUGGAAAGGUAUUUGUGGUUCCACUGAGUUAAGCAAAGUAGCGAUUCGUAUUCUAUCAGCUCCCUGUACUUCGGCAGCCACUGAGCGUUCCUUUAGUAUCCAAGGCUACAUACAUAAUAACAAAAGAAAUCGACUUACAACUGAAAGAACUGAAAAAAUUUCAUUCAUUUGUUAUAACUGGAAUCUUAAACAUAAAGCUGAAUGCGAGGACAUUCAGUUUAAUGAAGAAAAUACCUUAGAAGCUUUCAUUGAGCAAGUAAAUGAACAUAACAGUUUAGACGAAAUAGAGCCUAUCGAACCUAUACAAUUCAUCGCUUGUAAUAACUCUGAAUCUGACAGUGAUUGA